AUGUCUUCUAAGCAGGCCACGUCUCCUUUUGCCUCUGUGGUUGAUGGUGAUGAUGCCAUGAGUCAGGAGCACUUGACCUGGGAGAAAGAAGAGAGUUCAGAGGCCCACGGCACACCACAGCUCCCCCUGCACAGCCUGCUUCAUGGAAAGGCCCCAGAUGAAAUGCAGCCUCUGAGCAGUGUACCGACAGAGAGCGACUGGGACAGCCUAAUGUCAGCACAGCAGCGCAUGGAAUCUGACAGCAACAAAGUAUGCUCCUUGUACUCCUUUCGGAACAAUUCCACCUCUCCACACAAGCCUGAGGAGGGGGCCCGGGAGCGAAGUGACUUGCUGAGCGGAUCAGCUUUUGGAACUCCUGAGCGGCGCAAAGGAAGUCUGGCAGACGUGGUGGAUACACUGAAGCAGAAGAAACUGGAGGAGAUGACAAAGACAGAGCAAGACGAAACCUCCUGCAUGGAGAAACUUCUUUCAAAAGACUGGAAGGAGAAGAUGGAAAGGCUAAACACCAGUGAGCUGCUGGGAGAAGUAAAAGGAACUCCAGAGAGCCUGGCAGAAAAGGAACAUCAGCUUUCUACAAUGAUCAGCCAGCUGAUCAGCCUGCGAGAGCAGCUUCUGGCUGCCCACGAUGAGCAGAAGAAGCUGGCCGCCUCACAGAUGGAGAAGCAGAGGCAGCAAAUGGAGCUGGCUCGUCAGCAACAGGAGCAGAAAAUAUACAAAGUCAGUAUUUGCAGCUUAAAGCUUAGGCCUCUCUCUGAUCUUUGCUCUCUAUCUGUUCAGCAGGUCCAGGGUCACAUGCCUCCAUUGAUGAUCCCCAUUUUUCCACACGACCAACGCACUCUGGCAGCAGCAGCUGCCGCCCAGCAAGGCUUUCUUUUCCCUCCAGGGAUGUCUUAUAAACCAGGUGAUAACUACCCGGUGCAGUUCAUUCCAUCCACAAUGGCAGCUGCAGCAGCGUCAGGACUCAGCCCCCUCCAGCUUCAGGUAUUUAAUGCCCUCAUAUCCAGUCCAGUGCUUUGUGCCCAGGCCACUCAGAGAAGCACAUACGCAUUUGUGUCUGCAGAUGUGUGCAUGGAUAAAUUUAAGAAAAGUGAGCUGGAUGAGAAAAGUCAACAACUGUAUGCCGCCCACUUUGCCAGCAUGCAGGUCUCUCCUGGUGCCAAGAUGCCGCCACUCCCCCAGCCCCUUGGUGCCAGUGGGCCCAUCUCCCCCUCUUCAUUGAAGAAUGACAAGAGUUCCUCCAGCCCCAUUGCUCAAGUCAAGAAAAAAAAUACAAGCACCUACAAUGUUUGCUACUUCAGUGUUACAGCCAGCUGGUGGUCCAGCCUCUUACAGGCCAUCAAUCUCUGGAGCUUUAACAAGGCCUUCUCUUUUUUACCAAAACUCUGUGGGCAUGGUUGCUAUAGCUAUAACAGCUCCACACCAAAUUCUUGUUUGCAUUCUCCUGCAAGGUUUGGCUGCUCAGACACAAUACAAAAGGCAGAAAAAAAGCAGGCUGCAAAGCAGAAAAAAAAAACACAUCGCUUGAAGUUACACUUUUAUAGUUUUCUUUUAAAGGAAAAAAGUUCAACCUCAAUUUCAACCAUAUUUCUAACACAGUGUUAUACCAAAAAGGAGAGGGGACACUUUGAAAGCCUUGGGCAGCACCUCAGUAAACUGGGAGAGGAAGGAAAGAUUGGCCACAGGGUUAUCGACCUCACCAGACCAGAGGAUCUAGACGGAGGCCCUGGAUCUGCUGAGGCGCGUGUCUUCAGGGAGUCGCGCGGACGGAACAGCAAUGAGCCUCACAUUAAACGGCCCAUGAAUGCCUUCAUGGUUUGGGCCAAGGAUGAGCGGCGUAAGAUCCUCCAGGCUUUCCCCGAUAUGCACAACUCCAAUAUAAGCAAAAUUUUGGGGUCUCGGUGGAAGUCCAUGUCUAACCAGGACAAGCAGCCAUACUACGAAGAGCAGGCUCGCCUGAGCAAGCUCCAUCUAGAGAAGUAUCCAAACUACAAGUACAAGCCGAGGCCUAAGAGGACCUGCAUUAUUGACGGAAAAAAACUUCGCAUUGGGGAGUAUAAGCAGAUGAUGCGCUCUCGACGGCAAGAGAUGAGGCAGUUCUUUACUGUGGGGCAGCCACCACAAAUUCCCAUCACCACCAGCGCCAGUAUGGUCUACCCAGGGGCAAUCACCAUGGCAACCACCACACCCUCACCUCAGAUGACGUCGGAGUGCUCAAGUGCCUCAGCGAGUCCUGAGCCCUCCAUUCCCGUCAUUCAAAGCACCUACAACAUGAAGCUAGAGCCCAGCACCAUGGCAAACAACAGCGAACCGGUCAACGGCGAGGACGAGAUGGACAUGUACGAAGAUUUUGAGGACGAGCCUAAAUCAGACUAUAGCAGUGAAAAUGACACACAAGAGCCAGUCAGCACCAACUGA